AUGUAUUGCACCAAACUAGAGUCAAUUAACCUUCCAAACAGCGUCGGCACUAUCUUUGAACUUGCAUUUGCAUUCACAAACUUUAAAGAAGUCUUUGACCUUAACAGAGUUACAGCUCUUAAGCGUGCUUCAUUCUGGGGAUCAAAACUUCCAGGUGUCAAAAUUAAUAGCGAUACAGGCCAAUUCUGGGAAGCUUUCUUCGACUGUCCAAACCUUGUUACAAUUAAAUUUGCUCGUAGUGUUGAAUCCGCUGAUAUGUGGGCUUUUAUUGGAUGCAACAACAAGUUCGAAAUCUCAUCAGAAAGUUCUACAAUUGUAUGGGAUUCUGAACACAAGGUCCUCUUUAAUACUAACGCUGUUAUAUAUAUUAGAGAAGAUGCAACUUUCCCUGAUGGAUUCUUCGAGCAGUACAACUUCGAAUAUACAGCAUUCUUGUGGUACAAGAAACCACUCCAAGUCAAUGCUGUUACUAAUCAUUAUUAUUGGUUCAGAAACUCAUCUUUAACAUCAGUAACAUAUAGAGAUGUUCCAGAAAGCGAUGUUCUAAUAGCAAUUGAUUUUGCUUAUAGUACAGAAUUAUCAUAA